AUGACAUUCACAGACAUCAACCCCCCUCCUUCCAAAACCUACUUUCAGGAAUUCCGCGUCCCUGGCGAAAAAGAAUACACCCUCAUCCCAGCAGUCCAGCAUCCAAUCACCAACGACCUCUAUGUCAUUUGGUCGGACAUCACCGACUGUUUCCCGGGGGUGACCAAGAUCAAGCAUACGAAUGUUUAUGUUCCCAAGCUGAGGGACGCCCGACUCUACAGGGCCUCGUUCGUCAACGGUAUCAGUAACAAGAACGAGAACAGCAGGAGCAUUGGUAUUCAGACUGUCUGCUUCAAGGAGGAGGAACAUCGUGCUGUUGUUGUCGCUAAUGGCGAGGGAGGAGAGGUUGUUGGCCAGGACAUGGAUGCGAGCGACAAUGGCCAAGAUGAUGGUGGUGGUGGUGGCGCAGGCCGGGACGAUAAGUACAACUCUGGAGAUGAGAAGGAUGAGUAUGAUGACGAGGACGACAAAGGCGGUGGUGACGAGGGCGAUUAUGUGGAUAGAGAGCAAGAGUCAAUGACCGAGGAGCAGGAGGACGGUGCACGGGACUUGGAUAAUAUAUCAGACAUGAGCACCGAGCAGGCACCCGAGCACGCGGUCGAGCAGGCUGUCGAGGAGACUGUUGUCGCACCGACGACCGAUUUUCUUCAUAUCACGGACGACGAGGACGAUGACGAGCAGGAGGGGACGACCGAGCAGGACAAGGAAGACAAAAUGAAAGAGAGGGAGAUGGAGGAAGAGGAAGAGGAGGAAGAGGGGGGAGAAGAAGCUGAGGCGGAAGAGGAGGUAGUGGAGGUUGAGGAAGAAGAGGAGGAGGAAGAGGGGGGAGAAGAAGCUGAGGCGGAAGAGGGGGAAGAAGAAGCUGAGGCGGAAGAGGAGGUAGUGGAGGUUGAGGAAGAAGAGGAAGAGGAAAUGGCGGAGGAAGAGGAGGCUGAAGAGGAAGAGGAAAUGGCGGAGGAAGAGGAGGCAGAAGAGCAACGAGAGGAGGCGGAGGAAGGAGAGCAAGAAGAGGAAAGCUCAGUGGUACAGGAGGAAUCAUCGGCCGUACAGGAGUUGCCCGUCGUUGACGUCCACCGGGAAAUACCGUUAACGAUCGAGAACUUGGUCAAGCAUCGCGUCAAGGACAUCCUCAAGAGCCAGUAUUCGUGGGAUCAGCAAUGCGGGCACUCGAGGUUUUUUGUCUUUCUUCCUGUCUUGGAACCCGCGACAACAUACCUACGAAUAACAACGACAGUAACAACAAUAUCAACACCAGCAACAACACCCGCAACAGGAGUUCACAAGAACACCAAGUUCCAGCUUUAUUAUCUCUGUGAUUGUUACGAGAUUCUAGGAUCAGCGGGAGAGAUCACCCCUCACUGGGUCAACAAGAACGGCAUAGACGACAUCAGCAUUCCUUCGGCCGAGGAUCUCUAUCAGCAACAGCUUAGGACGCUCAUUCCUCUGGUGGGCGACUACACGAUGGGAGUCCUCGAGAUGCUCAAGUACGGCGUCUACAUCGACAAGGCGCCGCGAGAAGUAUCUCAACGUGUCGACAUGGCGAUCAGUUACCUAGGGACCCGAGGUAUUCGGUCGUGUGAGAGUUACAUGGCCGAGAUGACAUCGGAUCCCGCGAGUGCUGUGAGUGACGCGAUGUUGGGCCGAGUGCCUACUAUUGCAGUACUGGACGUGGAGACUUUGGAGGCAUUCAAGAGCGGGAUUGUUCGAUCGCCCUACGAACGAUACGGCGAGAUGUUUCCUUACAGGACUUUGGAGGGUGACAUACGGUGGCUGUGUGGGUAUCAUUGGAUGGACACGUGGACGUACAUGGGGUAUUACUCGAGAGCACUCACCUUCAAAGACAACCCCAUGUCAUCUGAGAGCCGUUACGACCCCAUCUACGGUAUCGUGAGUUCGCGCGUCAAGAGUAUGAAGAGAGCGCGAGAGUUUCUCGAUAUGGUGCAGCACAUGGCGCGGAAUCCGGUGUUCACAGUCUGGCUGGAUUGCGACCUGACGUUGGACGAUGAGGCGGAGCUUGCCAAUAUGGUCGGUCGACUCUCGGUGGCAGUGAUCAAUAUCAUCACGCGGGAUAGAAAGGGGACUCAGGAAGAAAUCGAUACAGGAAUGGAGUAUGGGCAGUUGGAGAUGACAGCGGCAGCGUUGCGGAAUCCAGAUAUCGAGUUGUUCACUAUAUCAGAAGCCGAGCGGGGCAAGGAGUACGUCUACAACCAGUUGCCUAAUAUGUUGAACGUCCACCUGGCGUACGAACCCAAGUCCAAGGAUCGGAUUACAGCUGUCCAGCGCGGAGUGAGGGGCGGUAAGGUCAAGAUGUUCUUGAGGGCGACCAAUGCGGGUCGAGCGAUCGCUGAGAUGCGUCGCAUUGCCGGAGGAAUGCACCACUUUGCGGAACUGCGCUUUGGACCCAACCAUCAUCGAUUUGCGAUCACGCUCGCACUGGACACGGCAGGAGAAUCGGGAUGCGAUGUCAGGGAUACGGAUCUCUGUCGAGAAGGGCUGGUGUCGUUUUUGGACAGGCGGCAAUGGCGCGACGAGAUCGUCUACUCAUCAUCCAUACCCUACGGCACUAGGUAUUUGUACCUGGGAUACAUAACCAAGGCUGACAUAAAGAUCUUGCUUGUGCGAGCUGGGUCAGAAGUGCGCGAUCUGAUCACCCACAACAAGCACCUCAGGUCCCUCACUGUCAAUGUCGUCACGCUCGACUACGAGCCCAGUCGAAUCUAUGAGACCUACAAGGAUCUCAUCUCGGAACACCCCACCAUCGAGGCGUUCGUGAUUCAAUUUCAACGUAUCAAAGGAACUUCGUCCUCGUUUAGGUGGAGGAACUUGACAGAUGCGGCCAACGUACGGGUGGAUGUGAGCUGUGGUCGAGGUGACAAUGUCGAGGCGAUGUUCCAGCGCUACGCGCCUCUGAUUGAGCGGCUCAGAGUCCACGACCUCAGUCCAAAGGAUGCCGCCGCCUUGAUCAAGUCGAUGCGACGGAAGAAGAAACCACUUGCUCUCAAGUACCUCUCCAUCAACGACAUCCAUCUAAUGGACCCCGCCGUCCGUGAGGUCCUUCAAGAGGUCAUUGUCAAGGGAGCCUUGAAUGAUGUCGUUAUCCGUGGGUGCGUCAUCCCUCUGCCGGUUCAGGCGGCUCAGGCGGGUAAGGCGACAAAGGCGAUUCAACCGCGGCUUUCAGGGAAGAAGGAGGUUUCGACGCAGGCGGCCAAGCUGGAGGCGAACGUCAAGAUCUGGGCCGACUUUAUUGUCCCCAUCCGUCACAAAGUGACAGAGUUGUAUCUGCAGGACGACCCCGAGAGGCGCUUCCUCCAGGCGAUGGAGUUGCAGCCAGUCAUGUUGCCAGAGAUGACGGGGUUGACAACAUUCCAUCUCACAAGCACAACACCGGCUGGGACGAGUCUUUUCGACAGGCCUUGGUUGGAGGUGUUGCUGGAGUUCAAGGGCCCAGUCCCGCAUGACAUCAAUGUGCCAGAUGAGGAUCCGCUGGAGGUGCGCGUGAAGGAAAUCUUUGCGCUGAGGAGCCAUAUGACAGACGUACGGGCGAUCACGGAUCUCUGCCUUCAAGAGGUGGCGAUGGACCCCGAGGACUGGGACCCAUUGCUUCGGUACAUGGAUUUUACGCAAGUGGUCAGCUUUGAGGUCCGGCAAACGAACGCGUUGUCGAAGGCGCUAUUGCUGCACAUUGCCGGGUUUGUUCCGAUAGACAGCGCAGUGUUGAAACACUUUGUUGUGAGCGACGGCAUUGGUAUUGGAGACGAAACGGCCACAGCUCUGGGAGAGAAGCUUGGACCCAAGAGAUUCAAAGGCACCCAUAUCAACCUUAACGGGUUCGUGGUCUAA